CACGAGGAUAUGACGAAACCUCUUGGGUAGCCAGACCCCCCUUAAAGGUCUUGAAGAUCCCUGAAGACAGAAAGCUGUAAAUACUCCCUGAAGAAACCUUCUGAGAAAUAUUGUGGGAAGCCUCAAACCCAUGGAAACUUUAAGGUAAGCCACGGAGGACCCCCUUAAGUGUCCUGGGAGACUAUAGAAGAAGGCUGGACUCCUCCGGACCUCUGUCCUGGGAGGCUACAGAAGACUAAGUAGAAGAGGGCUGGUCUCCUCUGGACCGGACUGUUAUAAAUGACCAGAGGCCCUGAGAUUGUGCUGGCGGUUUUUACUAGACUCCUGAGUCAGAGAGUCAGUCUCCCAACUUGUUAGGAAUCUCUUAAGAUUGCUUUUGAUCUGAGCUGUAACCUGACAUGUCCAAAAAGGAAUCCUAAAGACCCUGUAAAAUGUAGUCUUCAAGAAGACCCCAAUGUCCCGUUUUGAAUUUGAGAGUCUGAACAAAGGAACAGGACACAGUCUGAAGGAACCCGGAGUAAUCUUGACCCUAAGGUAAAUUUGGGAAACAGGUGUAGUCUAGGAUCUGAAGUGUUAAGAGGAACCCUUAAAGGAGACUUGAGUAUAUUUGAGGACCGUAGAGUGACCUUUGCAGGAAUCCUGAUACCUCAGGAACCCCUCAGAGAAGGGAUGGGGACCCUUCGGGACCUUCAGUACGCCCUGCAGGAGAAGAUCGAGGAACUGCGUCAGCGUGAUACGCUGAUCGACGAGCUGGAGCUGGAGCUGGAUCAGAAGGACGAGCUGAUCCAGAGGUUACAGAACGAGCUCGACAAGUACCGCUCGGUUCUCCGGCCCGCCACCGCCCAGCAGGUACAGGCCCAGCAGCAGAACCUGGUCCUGCAGCCGGACCAGCACCGCAGCAAACGACAGGCCAUCUCCGCUGAACCCACAGCCUGUGACAUCAGCGACCUGAGCCACGUCACCCUGCCCUUCUACCCAAAGAGUCCAGAGUCUAAGGAGAUGAUUAAGGAGGCCAUCUUGGAUAACGACUUCAUGAAGAACCUGGAGCUGUCUCAGAUCCAGGAGAUCGUGGACUGCAUGUACCCGGUGGAUUAUGGGAAAGACGCCUGCAUCAUCGAGGAGGGCGACGUGGGCUCUCUGGUCUACGUGAUGGAAGAGGGGAAGGUGGAAGUGACUAAAGAGGGGAUGAAGUUGUGUACGAUGGGACCGGGCAAAGUGUUCGGAGAGCUGGCAAUCCUCUACAACUGUACCCGGACGGCAACUGUCAAGACUCUGGUGCAUGUGAAGCUGUGGGCGAUCGACCGUCAGUGUUAUCAAACCAUCAUGAUGAGAACCGGACUUAUCAAACACGCAGAGUACAUGGACUUCCUCAAGAGCGUUCCCACCUUCCAGGGUCUGUCAGAGGAAAUUCUCAAUAAACUUGCCGACGUCAUGGAGGAGACCCAUUAUGAAGACGGAGAGUACAUCAUCAGACAGGGAGCCCGAGGAGACACCUUCUUCAUCAUCAGUAAGGGAAAGGUGAACGUGACCCAGGAGGAGUCGGCCAAUCAGGAGCCAACACACCUUAGAGAGCUCACCAGGGGGAACUGGUUUGGAGAGAGAGCUCUACAGGGAGAGGAUGUGAGAACAGCCAAUGUCAUCGCUGCGGAGGCCGUCACCUGCCUGGUCAUCGACCGAGACUCAUUCAAACAUCUGAUUGGUGGACUGGACGAUGUUUCGAAUAAAGGUUACGAGGACGCUGAAGCCAAGGCCAAGUACGAGGCAGAGAACGCCUUCUUCUCCAGUCUGAAGUUGACCGACUUCAACAUCAUCGACACGCUGGGAGUUGGAGGCUUCGGACGUGUUGAGCUGGUUCAGCUGAAGAACAAGGAGGCGAAGACGUUCGCAAUGAAGAUCCUGAAGAAGCGUCACAUCGUCGACACGAGACAACAGGAACACAUCCGCUCUGAGAAACACAUCAUGACUGAGGCGCACUCCGACUUCAUCGUCAGGUUGUACCGGACGUUUAAAGACAGUAAAUAUCUCUACAUGCUGUUGGAGGCUUGUCUUGGAGGAGAGCUGUGGACUCUCCUGAGAGACAGGGGUUCAUUUGAAGACUCGACCACCAGGUUUUACACGGCAUGUGUGGUUGAGGCCUUCGCCUACCUGCAUGCCAAAGGCAUCAUAUACAGAGACCUGAAACCUGAAAACCUCAUACUGGACAGCCGGGGAUACGCCAAGCUGGUGGACUUUGGUUUCGCCAAAAAGAUUGGUGUCUGUAAGAAGACUUGGACGUUCUGCGGCACGCCAGAGUACGUCGCUCCAGAGAUCAUCCUCAACAAGGGUCACGACGUCUCCGCAGACUACUGGUCUCUGGGUAUCCUAAUGUAUGAGCUGCUGACUGGCAGCCCUCCGUUUUCAGGUCCAGACCCGAUGAAAACCUACAACAUCAUCUUGAGAGGCAUCGACAUGAUCGAGUUCCCCAAGAAGAUCACCAAGAACGCCGGCAACCUCAUCAAGAAGCUCUGCAGAGAUAAUCCCUCAGAGAGACUCGGAAACCUGAAAAACGGAGUCAAAGACAUCCAAAAACACAAGUGGUUUGAAGGUUUUAACUGGGAAGGUCUGAGGAAAGGAACUCUGACUCCGCCCAUUACACCUGAUGUUUCCUCUUCAACUGACACAAGUAACUUUGACAAUUUCCCCGAAGACACAGAGGAGCCGCCACCAGACGACAACUCUGGAUGGGAUUACGACUUUUAGCCCAGUUCAUAGUUAAACUUUCAACCCGACACUCUACAGUGUGAAAUCUUGGAGGAACAAUAAUGGUUCACCAGGCUGAACAAAGACAAACUUUUUUCAAGCAUUUUGGAUUCUGUGGGAAUAGAACUCCAAAUGCUUUGUGAGGGAGCCGACGGAAAAGAACUGGAGUCCUGUCGUUGAGCAAACUUCAAACCAUCCAGAGGAAUUCUGAGCUGAAACCUGAAAACAUCUGAGAGCUGGAGGAUGAGGUGGUUCAAGUAUGAGACAAUCAAUCUUGUCUACAAGUUUUACCUGUUUCCAAGAAAUGGUCAACUUGUUUAUCAAUUCUCAGAGAAGUGAAUGGAUCCUGGAAAUAUUAGAAGAAUUAAUGCAGAAUCCAAAGGGGUUCAAGUAAGUUGUUGACUUUUGUGACCUGGAAAAGUCACUCUACAAACUCCAGUUAGACCCCUAUCAGAACUCUGAUGUUUUUUGAACAAGAGAUACUUGUGCCCUGAUGAAAGGAUAAGUGCUCAGUGAAGACACCCCUCAUCCCAAUUAAGUUACAUAACUUACCUUAUGGCCCUUAGCUGCCACUGCAACCAAAAUAGCGAUUCCACCUUCAACAGACCCAGGCUCCAUUUCCAAUCGUUUAGACUGAUGGGCAGCAAGAGCAAGGACAUCACCAGGGUUGUCAAGUUAGGGAACCUCCCUUCACUGGUGUUUUGCCCAAUUAGUCCCACUACACCUUGAGAAGGACGGUCAGUGAGUUCUGACGUCCCAGAGCCUCCCCCCUCCAUGCUAGCUCUCACCAACCACCGUAACCACACACAGAACUUCUAUAUCUCAACUACCCUACCACAUGGCCAUCACAGCCCAAACAGCAACUC